AUGGCUUUAUUGAGACUAUCGAUCUUGUUAUGUAUGAUUCUAUGUGGCCCUUCCCUUUCAGGGGCUACUUCUCCUAAGAACAUAUUCAUCCUCGCCGGUCAGAGCAACAUGGCUGGUCGAGGUGGGGUUGAGAAAGAUCGAUCAGGCAACCUUGUGUGGGAUGGGUAUGUCCCACCCGAGGCUCAACCUGAUCCAUCCAUCCUUCGAUUGAACCCUGAGCGUCAAUGGGAGGUAGCACGAGAGCCUGUCCACGAGGGAAUUGACAUAAACAAGACAGUUGGAGUUGGUUCAGCAAUUGCAUUUGCUCACCAGCUGCAGGCCAAAGGCGGGUCAAAGGUCGGUUCUGUAGGUUUAGUUCCUUGUGCUAGAGGUGGCACUCUGAUCGAACAAUGGGUAAAGAACCCUAGCAAUACUAGUGCAACUUUUUACAAGAAUUUCAUUGAACGAAUCCAAGCAUCAGAUCGAGAAGGUGGGGUGGUGCGUGCUCUUUUCUGGUUACAAGGGGAAAGUGAUGCGGCCAGCAGGGACACUGCUAGUAGAUACAAAAACAACCUGAAGAAGUUCUUCACCGACAUUCGCAAUGAUAUCAAGCCUCGAUUUUUACCCAUCAUUGUUAUAAAAAUAGCCGGCUACGACACGUUUAUAGAGCAUGAUACUCAUGAUUUGCCAACAGUAAGGGCAGCAGAAGAUGCAGUUCAACGAGAGCUACUGAACAUUGUGACCAUUGACGCCUUGAAAUUAGUGAACACUAUCACCGGGGAAGGCUUUAACUUGGAUCGUGGUCAUUAUAAUGUCAAGACCGAGAUUGCUUUGGGCAAAUGGUUGGCUGACACCUACCUCUCUCACUAUGGCCAAUUGCUCUGA